AAAAAUGUUCAGAAUUUUUCUUCUCGCUUCUUUGGUCAUUGCAGCUUUUGCCAAAGAUUUUCCAAGUCCCCAUGAUUUUAUUUCUGGGCUAAAUGUCCAAGAUCCAUCAGAGUCUUCAGGCCUUGGCAGUCGUAUUGUGGGUGGAAAUACAGCAUCUCCUGGACAAUUCCCUUAUCAAGCUUCAGUAAGGAGUGUUCUUACACAGGAACACAACUGUGGUGCUGUUCUAGCUAAUAAUCAUUGGCUCCUCUGUGCUGCUCACUGUACCCAAGGACCUCCACAGAAUAACUACAUUUUCCUUGGGAGACACUUUAGAGGAUCUGGUGGUACACGCUUUGACAUUGCCCAGGUCAUCAACCAUCCAGACUACAAUCCCUCCACCAUUGCUAAUGAUGUCUCCGUAAUUCGCACCACAACUCCCAUCACCUUCACAAACCUCAUUCAACCCAUUGCUCUGGGACAAGCUCAUAUUGGUGGAGGAGUCACGGCUAUUCUGUCAGGAUGGGGACUAACAUCAGCUGGACUAGCUCCUGAACUUCAAUACCUUCACGUGCAGACGCAUACAAAUGAGCAAUGUAGGAAUCUCAUGGGAGGAAAUGCAGCUCUUGUUUUCGACCAUAAAAUCUGUGCUGGAGGUGUUGUGGGUCAAGGAGCAUGCAGUGCAGACUCUGGAGGACCUCUUGCAGUUGGAAAUACUGUCAUUGGAAUUGUUUCUUGGGGUAUUCCCUGUGCACUUGGCUUCCCAGAUGCCUAUGACCGUGUUUCCUACCACAGAAGUUGGUUCCUUCAACACAUCGAGGGUUAAAUGAAUUUUAACAUUUUUAAAUUUAAAAAAAAUGCAAAUUAAAAUAAUUCAACUUAAAAGGUGAUCGUUAGAAAUUAAAAUGGGAUUCGGAAAUUACGUUAAAAUAUAUUUUUUUAUUGAAUAAUGUAAAUUACAUAGUUUUAUGUCUUGAAUUAUAAUAAAUUUUUAUUUUACCACUAAAAA